GCGUGCGGCCUCCUUGCGUGCGGCUGAACUCAACAUGCAUGUCUCUCUCUUGUUUUGAUUACAACAAAAUUCUUUUACCAGGGCCGCAGCAAGUUGAGAAAAACGUGUCCAGUUAAAAUUAAAAUAUUUCAAUUGUUGAAGCAGUAGGAAAAAGGAAAAAGGAUCGAGAGGAGGUUUUGGCAUUCGAUUGUUGGUAUAACCGUCAGUGAAGAAUUCUUUAUUCUUUAUUUUAAAUCAACCUGGCUGAACGAUUGCUACUCUUAACGCGCAACAUGGAAGGCAUCAAGAGCAAAAAGAAUUUCAUUAAAUACGACGAAAUCAAGAGAUUGCUGAAGCUGCCCGAAUUCAAAGGCAUCAGAUGCGCCAAUUCCUACAACAACUUCGUUGUUACUCUGCCGUCAUCGAGCGAAGUUUCCAACUCUGCAAGUUCCAGCUUGAUCAACAUCCCUGCUGAGAUUUUGCGAAACAACAAUAGUGGAUCAUUGCUGAGGGUUCCGAGUGGAGACCAUGGUCCAGACAACGAGAACAAAGAGAACGUUGCAAGGAACAAUGCCUGGAGUGAAGAAGAUGGCGCCUGGACAAAUACAAAAGAAUCCUCAGGUGUUCAAAUUCCGUACAGCAGCAUUCCUGAUCUCCUGAGUGGUUAUGAUGAGUACCUGAAAGCAUUCUACAAUGGCAGCAGCAAUGGUGUUCUCAGGGUGACAACUCAAGGCACCCUUUCACUCAGCUUUGGCACAGGCAUGCAAGUCGAUGUAUCUAUCAAUGGUGCCAUUCGAGUUGUUAAUCCUAAGGCUCACAUUGCCAUUGGAAUCAACCACGACGGUUUGGCCACUGCUGUGAUGCACCCCAUGGGCAGAGUGCACCAUGAAGGCGAAACUGCCCUCCUGAUGGCUUGGGACAUGCAGAACGGCAUCCAUAAGUAUGCCAAAUUGUGGCCGGACAAGUCAUCCUUCAAGUCGAGUGACAUGUCCUUCUCCUACACCAUGGACUCUGCAGGCACUCGAACUACCAUGACUCAACUGCCGAAGAUCUCCACCAAUGACAUUUCGCUCCCAGUCUUCUACGACACCUCCCCUCAUGGCUCUCAAUUCAAAAAUGAGGCCGAAGCAGCCAUGAAUGGAGCCAAAUCUUACACUGACGCCCAGGGCUUUCAUGUCUGGAAAUUUUGCAAUGUUAUCAUCAAGUACCUGGACGGUGAACUCAGAAUUGCAAGGCCACCAACAGUGCAUAUGAGAACUUCAGCAGUUACUGGUUGUCUGGGAAUUUCCACUGACGCACUUCAUUGCACUGCCACUCAGGGAGACAUGUGCCACAUGUUUGUCCGCUUUGGAUUAAACAAAAUGCACUACAAUGGACAGAACUUCAAGAUCAGAACACAAGGUCAAUCUGCUGGCUUUGACGAGCAGAAUAGAAUCACAUUGUUUUAAUUGCUGCGAAGAGUUGAAAAGAAUAUGUAAAAUCAAGUUUACUGUAUAAGAAAGAAAAAGACUGUAUUGAAUGUUCUAGUGGAAAAGUUGCUUUUAGUCUGAAAAAAUGUGUUCUUGUCAUUAAUAUAAAACUGAAUUAUUGUGAGCAGAAAGCACGCUAUGAUUUCAAACUGAUUCACACUCGGACAUUAAAUGUGAAAGUGCUACCUUGUGGCUGCUUGAUAUAAUGUUAAGAUUUUUUUCUUGUGAAGUAUAAGUUUUUGUUGAUAAAACGGAAUGAUGAAGAUGAAAUUAAAUAAAUGAAGUGAUUUAUGAGAUAUAUGCCCUGAAAUAAAAUAUAAUUUUCAAUACAUUUGUAAUAUUUAGAUAAUAAGAGAAUUUAUUCUCAUAAAAAUGGGAGGGGGAAAGAACAAACCAAUUAUUUUGUUAACGAAUAUAAUAAACUCAAAUUUAUUACCA